CCUUCAAUUAGCAUCCAUAUAUCAUGUCUUUCAAGCAGUUCGCACGCUCGUUCUCGUCGUCUGCCGUGGCCAGCAAGGUGGGUUACUCCACCGUGCAACCGGUCCAUCACUUGGUACCUGUGAAGAAGGCCAUUUUGUCCACCAGAUUCCCAGACACAAAGAUCCCAAAGACAGACAUUCGUUCGCCUGGUUACAAACCAAAAGAUAUCUACCAAGAUAGAGUCACCGACUACUACCAUAACACCCUCCAGUCCGACUUGUUGUUGCACUACUACGAGCACGACGCCAGUGUCGUCAAGGGAAACAAGACCAGAGAUUGGGGUACCGACUCUCCAUAUGCCUUGUAUCGUAGACAUAGAAACCCCAAGGGGUUGACCCGUGCCACCAGGGAUAUCAAGCCUAUCACCAGCAAGAACAUCCCAGAAUUGGUUGGAAUCAGUAUCAACGUGUACAACAAGGAUGCCCUUGAAGACGCAUGGGUCAACAUUUCUGCCCGUUUGCAAAUAGCACAAAUCACCAACGUCAAGCCUAAGAUAACCUACAACAAGAGUAACGUGUUGUCAUGGAAGGUGAGAGAAGGUAAGGAGUGUGGCUGUAAGGUUGAGCUCACUGGCAGAGACAUGACACGUUUCUUGACCACCUUGACUGAACUUGUGUUGCCACGGAUCAGAACUUUCCAAGGGAUCAAGACCACUUCUGGUGACAAGAGUGGGAACAUUUCCUUUGGUAUGACUCCAGAAGAAGUCAAGCUUUUCCCAGAAAUUGAAAACUUUCAAGAAUUAUUCCCAAACUUGUUUGGAUUCCAUGUGACGUUCAAGACGACGGCUGGAACCGACGAGAGAGCCAGAACUCUUUUGACCUCUUUGGGACUUCCAUUCUACAAGCCAGUCAAGGCCAAGGCUGAGUAGGGGUCUUUUGUGGGUUGAAUUUAGCAGCAUGUACAUAUAACCAAAGUCUAUAGAAUUUAGGAUUCAUAGGUUUUAAUUUAGAAUAGAAAUGAAA